GCGGCGCCGGCGGAGAGCGAGGCGAGCGGAUCGCCGGGGCUGCUCGGCUCCUGCGCGCCCUCGCGCUCCCCGCCGCCCGCCCAGGCGGAGGCAGGGCGCAGGCGGCGGCGGGCGGCAUGGAGAGCUUGCUGGAGAACCCGGUGCGCGCCGUGCUCUACCUCAAGGAGCUCACGGCCAUCGUGCAGAACCAGCAGAGCCUCAUCCACACGCAGCGCCAGCGCAUCGACGAGCUGGAGCGGCGGCUGGACGAGCUAAGCGCCGAGAACCGCAGCCUGUGGGAGCACCAGCAGCUGCUGCAAGCCGUGCCUCCGCCCGGGCUCGUCCCCCCGUCACCAGCCCCGCUGCCGGCCACCCCGGCCACCGCCGCCUCCGGGGCCCAGGAACAGCUCCGGGACCACGGACAGCUCCCGCCCACCGCGCCCGAGAAGCCCCCGCUUCAGCACCACGGACAGCUCCUGGCGCAGCCCCAGGCGGGCCCCAGCGGCAGGGCUCACGCAUCCCAGCCGCCCCACCACCACCCGGCGGGGCCAGGGGCCGUCGCCGACAAGGAGAAGGAGCGUCCCCCGAGCUGUUGCGCCGCUGCUGGAACCCUCCUUCAGCACAAAUCCCCCGCCGCCCUCGGCAAGGGCGUCCUGAGCAGGAGACCCGAGAAUGAGACCGUGCUGCACCAGUUCUGCUGCCCAGCCGCCGACGCCGAGCAGAAGCCCGCCUGCUCUGACCUGGCCUCCCAAAGUGACGGCUCCUGCGCCCAGGCCGGUGCGGGCACGGAGGACUCCGUGGCGGCGGCGGCGGCGGCGGCGGCCGGCAGACCCAGUGCCCACGCCCCGAAGGCUCAAGCCCAGGAGCUGCAGGAGGAGGAGAAGCGGCCGGGGGCGGGGGGCGCCUCCCCGCGGGCCGGCCUCCACUGCGCGGCCUCCCCCAGCAGGCAGCAGCCUGUCCCGGCAGCUGCGCUCUGCGCCCGCGCCCCUGCCGCCUCCGAUUACGAACUCUCCCUUGACCUAAAGAAUAAACAGAUUGAAAUGCUAGAACACAAGUACGGGGGCCACCUGGUGUCCCGGCGCGCCGCUUGCACCAUCCAAACCGCCUUCCGCCAGUACCAGCUCAGCAAGAACUUCGAGAAGAUCCGCAACUCGCUCCUGGAGAGCCGCCUGCCGCGGCGCAUCUCCCUGCGCAAGGCACGCGCGCCCACGGCCGAGAGCCUGGCGGCCGAGAGGGCGCUCCUGGAGGGCUGCGGCCUCUCGGGGCUGCCGCUGGCGCGCUCGCCCUCCCUGCCGCCCACCAUCGCGGGCACACUCACCGAACUGGAGGACUCCUUCACCGAGCAGGUGCAGUCCCUGGCCAAGUCCAUCGACGACGCCCUCAGCACCUGGAGCCUCAAGACCGUGUGCUCCCUGCAGGAGAGCGGCGCUUACCAGGUCCACAGGGCCCUGCGCGCGGGCACGGGGCCGCCGGGCCUGGAGACCGAGGCACGGGAGCCCGAGGGCGCCCACUCGGGGGACUGGGCCGAGCCCACCGAGCCCGCCGGCCCGCCCCAGGGCCACGGCAGCACCCUCAUGAUGGCCUUCCGGGACGUCACCGUGCAGAUCGCCAGCCGGAACAUCUCCGUCUCCUCCUCCACGGCUCUGUCCGUGGCCAACUGCCUGGGCGCGCCGACGGCCUCAGCCCCUGCAGAGUCCGCGGCGGGCAAGGCCGAGCAGGACGAGGCCGGCGGGCAGGAGGCCCCGGAGGCCCCCAGCGCCGGCCAGGAGGACGUGCCCGCCGAGGACGCGAGCGCAGAGGCGGGACCCGACGGGGCCCUGCGCGCCAGCCCGCCGGGGGCCGCGGUGCCGGCGGCGGAGGAGGAGGAAGACGGAGAGGAGGAGGCCGAGGAGGCGGGGAAAGGGGCGGAGGCCGAGGCCGGCGACAGCUCGGAGCAGCUGAGCAGCAGCAGCGCGUCCGCCAAAUCGGCAGCGUCGGCCUCGGCCUCCAAGGAGGCCCUGCAGGCCAUGAUCCUGAGCCUGCCGCGCUACCACUGCGAGAACCCGGCCAGCUGCAAGUCUCCCACGCUCUCCACCGACACCCUGCGCAAGCGGCUCUACCGCAUCGGCCUCAACCUCUUCAACAUAAACCCGGACAAGGGCAUCCAGUUCCUGAUCUCUCGAGGCUUCAUCCCCGACACCCCCAUUGGAGUGGCCCACUUCCUGCUCCAGCGUAAGGGCCUGAGCCGCCAGAUGAUCGGAGAGUUCCUGGGCAACAGCAAGAAGCAGUUCAACCGCGACGUGCUCGACUGCGUGGUGGACGAGAUGGACUUCUCUGCCAUGGAGCUGGACGAGGCCCUGCGCAAGUUCCAGGCGCACAUCCGCGUGCAGGGCGAGGCCCAGAAGGUGGAACGGCUCAUAGAGACCUUCAGCCAGCGUUACUGCAUGUGCAACCCCGAGGUGGUGCGGCAGUUCCACAACCCGGACACCGUCUUCAUCCUGGCCUUCGCCGUCAUCCUCCUCAACACCGACAUGUACAGCCCCAACAUUAAGCCCGACCGGAAGAUGAUGCUGGAGGACUUCAUCCGAAACCUGCGAGGUGUGGAUGACGGGGCUGACAUCCCCAGGGAGCUGGUGGUCGGCAUCUACGAAAGGAUUCAGCAGAAGGAGCUCAAGUCGAACGAGGACCACGUCACGUAUGUCACCAAGGUGGAGAAGUCCAUCGUGGGCAUGAAGACAGUGCUGUCAGAGCCCCAUCGCCGCCUGGUCUGCUGCAGCCGGCUCUUCGAGGUGACGGAUGUGAACAAGCUGCAGAAGCAGGCCGCACACCAGAGGGAGGUGUUCCUCUUCAACGACCUGCUGGUGAUUCUCAAACUCUGCCCCAAGAAGAAGAGCUCCUCCACGUACACCUUCUGCAAGUCCGUGGGCCUCCUGGGCAUGCAGUUCCACCUCUUUGAGAACGAGUAUUACUCUCACGGCAUCACACUGGUGACCCCGCUCUCGGGCUCCGAGAAGAAGCAGGUAUUGCACUUCUGCGCCCUGGGCUUGGACGAGAUGCGGAAGUUUGUGGAGGACCUGAAGGAGUCCAUCGCGGAAGUGACGGAGCUGGAGCAGAUCCGGAUAGAGUGGGAGCUGGAGAAGCAGCAAGGAACGAAGACUCUCUCCUUCAAGGCCGGGGGAGCCCAGGUGGAGCCACAGUCGAAGCAGGGAUCGCCCACAGCCAAAAGGGGAGCGGCACCGGCAGAGAAGGCGGUGGAGAGCACAGCGGAGGUGUCAAUUCACAACAGGCUUCAAACGUCCCAGCACUACUCCGGGCUGGGGGCCGAGAGGGGAGCGCCAGCGCCAGACCUGCAGCCUAGCCCCUCGAGGGAGCAGCCCCCUCUGCUGCCACCACCGCCGCCCACAGCCCCCGGGACCCUGGUGCAGUGCCAGCAGAUUGUCAAGGUCAUCGUCCUGGACCAGCCCUGCUUGGCCCGCAUGGAGCCCCUGCUGAGCCAGGCCCUAUCCUGCUACACCGCGUCCUCCUCCACGGCCCUGGGCGGCCCGGGCUCCCCCGUCAAGGCGGCCCACCAGCCGCCCCUGCCCCCCGCCCCGCCCCCCUACAACCACCCGCACCAGUUCUGCCCGCCUGGCUCCCUGCUGCACCGGCGCUGCUGCUCCAGCGGCGCCAGGAGCCUGGUGUAGACUCGGCAACCCCCCUACGCUGCUGUCCCGGGGGGCUGCGUCGGGGCCCCCGCUGCCCCUUCACCCACUGCUCCCCACGCCCGGCACGCUGCCUUCCUGGCCACUCACCACUGUCGUUUCAGAGAGAGAGUCCCAGUCCCUGGCACCUGGUUUGCUUGGCCCAAGCUUCCCUUGCUCAGUUGAGCGACCCUCCCCCCAAACCUGCAGACACCCCUCACUCUCCUGGGGCCCAACACAGCCAGGCACGGCCAGGCCUCCUCUCCCCCCACCAUUACUCUGGCCACUUGGAACAGGGACUGAGGGCCUCUCCGGCUUCCAGGCCAAGUCUGCCAGGCGUGAGGGCUGGGUGGCCAGCACCCAAGCCUUAGAAGGUGGUCUGGCUCACCACCCCAGCGCUGGGUGCCACGCUGGGUGGUGGACAGUCGGCCCUGGGUCCCUGGAGCGGCCAGGUCAGGGGGAGGCAUGAGGAGGGGGCUUUCUCUGCUGCCCCCCGCCCCGCCAAGCCCGGCAGUCUCAGGAGGUGACUCCUCUGCGCCCAGGGAUGUUGGCUGUCCUGGCCACAGACUCCCCUCCUCCCAGGGUCUCUCCUGCUUUCUCAGGGGCUGGGGCGCUGCCUGCCCAGGGCUGCCGAGACUUCAGGAGAGCACUGGGAAAGGGGGGGAUGGGAGGGGGCACCCAUCUCAGCUCUCUCUUGGUCAGUUCAACAGAGCCAGGGAAUCAGGUCAUGUAUCUAUAAAAUGCACUUUUAAAGAGUUUCUUGUUCUCUAGCCGCAAGUCAUACACAGCCAGUGCGCCCAGGGCAUAAACACAUACAUAGGAGAUCCAGGUAUCGGAGCAGAAACGGGGAGGGGCAGGGGUGGGCCCAGGGGCGAAUGCAGCCAGCAGAGGCAGGAUUCCGGCCCAGGGCCAGGCACCCUCCUGAAUGACUUCCGUGGCCUCCACGAGGGAUGUGGACGCAGAAGUGGGCGAGAGGCCUGGCAUGUCCCGUGCUGCCAUCCCAAACUAGCCCUUUAAGCCCCGCCCCCGGCACACCCCAGAAGGCAGAGGCCCGCCUGCAGCAGUGGGGAAGAGUCCCUACACCUUCAAAAUCACCAAGGAGAGCCAAGAGGGCUCGCGGCCCAACCCAGAGCCCAGCAGAAUCAGAGCCAACUUCUGUGCAGCCCCACAGGGCUCAGGCAGCCCUGCCUCAAAGAUCCCGGGGUACCCUUCCAGGGACUGUUGGUCCCGAGCCAGGCCGGACCCUCCUCUGGUCCUGAGCCGACAGCUCACUGCUGUCCGUUAAGUUCCCCUCCCUCUCGGAGCCCAGGUCCAAGACAUCCCGAGAGGUGGAGGUGAAUACUGAUCUAGAGUGCAUUUGCUUCUCCCUAACCCCUACCCCACAGCCCAGCUGCGGGCCCCCGGGCCACUAGGAGGCCGGACUCCCCCUGCUCUCAGAGAUCCCAGGUGACCUAGUUGCGUGUGUAUGUGUGUGAUCGCCAGGCGUCAUUAUGCUGUCCCCUAGCGAGUGUGUUCUGGCCCUGUCUCCGUCAGCCGGGUGUCCAUAACGUGUGACCACUUGCUGUCUCCUCCCCCCCCCCCCCCCCCCCCCUCCUUGUUGUCCCGGCCCCUCUCCUGUGUCUUUUCUGUCACACGGUCGCUCCAAUCAGAGCCUUUCAGGGCAGAGCGGCUGACUGAUGGGGUGCACGGUUCACACACCCGGUGCCCGAGGCCUGGGCGGCAGGGGUGUGGGUUCAGAAGAAGAGGAGUUACGAGUGGCUGGAUAUGUUUAUGGGGUGGGAGCCAUGGGGGUACAGUCCCAGCUCCCGGGCCCCUCGUCACCUGCUCACCCGGUGCCCCCCUCCCACUCUGCUGACGCCCAGACUUUCCAGAUUGGGACCUGCAGGCGCCUCAGGGCUGGCAUGUCCGUGGAGCAUCUCUCUGGGGGCCUGGAUGCUCCAGUAUCUCUGUGCCCUCCCCUGGGUAGGGGCUCCCCGCGGCCCCGGUCGCUGCGGUGGCUGCCUUGGGCCGCACCGGCAGCACUGGGCGUCCUGGCCGAGGAAGCAUGCGGUCAGCAGCGCAUGCAGCGAAUUCUGAGCGGCGAGGGGCUUGAGUGCCUGAAGGCCUGGGGCAGGGUGCAGCGGGGCCGACUCACGGUCGGGGAAGCAAGGGUUCCCGGCCUCGGUGACUCCCCUCCCCUGACCAGCCAGCAGGCUGAGGUUGGGACCCGUCUGCGUGCCCGUCCCCAGAGCCGAGCCCCCAGACAGCUGUGACAAGCCUCGUGUCCUCCCCGUGGCUGCGGCCACGUCAGGGCCUCCACCCUCCCGGAGGGCCCAGCUGGAAAUGCUCUCGGGCCGCCCGCUCACCCCCAGGCCAGGGGAGCCGUGGGGUGCUGACUGGGCUCCCAGACACAGCCUCCUGGGCACACGUGCAAGGACCCCAAGGUGGCCCCGCGAUGUCGACACUCGAGGCCUUACUUUGGGGACCGGGCCCCCUCCCGGUUUUAUCCAUUUAGCCCCAACUCCAGAAUCAGGAGCGGGAGGUGAAACUAGCUCUCCCACCCGCGUUGGGGCCAGCCCACUCCAGAGCUGGAGCAUGUCCUGGAAGCCUGGCUGCCUACGUGCAAAGGCACCCACGCGAUCAGCCCCUGGCCCCUGGCCCCCCCCCCCCCUGUCCCCCCCCACCGCCUGCCAGACGUCUCUCUUUGCCAAUAGGUUUCCCCGAUAACCGUCGGUCCGUCUGUCCCCGUGUCCUGCUGUACAUACAUCCUUGCCGCACCCCUCCCCCUGCACACACCCUGCCCCCCGUCAGAGAGCAGCCUCUCUAGGGAAAGAAAGGCAGGGCGGCUGCACCCAGCAACUAAUCCAAAUGGCAAAUAUUUUGUAACAAAAUAGCCCAGAGGUAUUUUAUCUGUUCAAUUCAUAGAGUUUUAGAGAUUAUAUUGAAAUAUGUCACUUGA